AUGAGCAAAAGAGGAGACGGCAGUUGCUCGCUGGCUUCUGUUGCGGAGCCGCCUGAUAUCGCCAAGAUGGAAGCUCGGAGUGGUGAAAGUGGACAUAUAAUUGAAGUUUGUGGGGAAGUGCCAGCAGAAACAGGCGCAGGCAGGAUGAAAAUUUGUGGUGAGGCACCCUGUGGAUUUAAAGAUUCUAGUGCCAGUUCUCAAGAUGAAAAGGAGCGGUCAGCAUCUAUGAGGAAACUUUUGGUGGCAGUUGUCCUCUUCAUAGUAUUCAUGGCCGUAGAGGUUGUUGGAGGCAUCAAAGCGAACAGUCUAGCAAUUCUAACAGAUGCAGCUCAUCUAUUGUCAGACGUUGCUGCAUUUGCUAUAUCCUUAUUCUCUCUGUGGGCUUCAGGAUGGGAGGCAACACCUUGUCAAUCCUAUGGUUUCUACGGGAUUGAGAUUCUUGGUUCUCUUGUGUCUAUUCAAAUGAUAUGGCUUCUUGCUGGUGGAGCUGUGGUUGAUUCUUACUCAAAACUGGGAUUCCUGGACGAUGCUUUGGGAAUAUUUCAAAAUCUAGAAGAGAAAGAUAAUGUUAUCGGUCAGUCCCAGGGGUAUUAG